GCCACAUACUCCUAAAUUCUCAAACAUUCUGAUCAAAACACCUUUAUGGCAUAAAGAAAGAGUCCUGCUUCCAGCUGCCGCCAACAAGCGCAUUGGCGUAGAUAAACAACUGGUGUGGAAAACAGAAGGAAAGAGCGGACGUUUCAAAACCCGGUUACGUUAGUCCCAGAUUAUCAGACUAGAGCACUCACACAGUAGGACGCGAACGCUGAGACUGAGGCAUUGCGGUAACCAGGAAGAAACAGCCUCAAUUCGCUCAAACUUGCCGAUUACGGUCCAAACAACACAUCCAUCUGUUUCCCAUUCUUUCUGCAGAACAGUGAGAACACCAUCCAGUAGUCAUCAGUGAGGUGUUAAACAUGGAUUCAUUAGGCGACCUCAAGGACAAGUUGGCAAAGUUUCGUAUAAAGGAACUAAAGGAUGCCCUCACUAAACUUGGUCUUCCAAAGCAAGGGACUAAGAAGGUUCUCUUUGAUCGAAUAUUGGCCAUCUUCUAUGAUGACCAGGGAAUGUGUGCGAAGAAAACUGUUAUUGCAAAGGAAAAGGUGGUAAAUAUUGUGGAUGACAUUUACAGAAAAAUGCAUGUUUAUGGAACACCUGCAUCAAAACCACUAGGAUUCUCACAUGGUAGCACUGUGAAGUUAAACGAUGAAAUAGAAGACUAUAACAAGACGUAUAGGAUUCAAUGUCCAUGUGGAAACACCGUGCAGACGGAAUCGAUGAUUAAGUGUGAAGAUCCCAAAUGCCAUGUGCGGCAACAUAUUAGGUGCGUUGUCAUCCCAGAGAAAGAUGUUGAGAGUGGUAUUCCAACAACACCGCACAAAACUUUCUAUUGUGAACUGUGUAGAUUGAGUCGUCUUGACCCCUUCUGGGAAUCGGUGUCAAACCCUUUACUUCCAGUGAAGCUGACCAUUACAGACAUCCCACCUGAUGGAACAAGUCCUGUACAGAGUAUUGAGAAAACGUUUCAACUUACUAGAGCAGAGACUGAUUUAGUGGAAAAACAGGAGUAUGAUAUUCAGGCUUGGUGCAUGCUUCUCAAUGAUAAGGUGCAGUUUAGGAUGCAUUGGCCUCUGCAUACAUCUCUGCAGCUCAAUGGGGUCCCUGUACGCGUGAUAAACAGGCCAGGGUCACAGUUGUUAGGGGCUAAUGGUCGAGAUGAUGGACCUAUUAUAACAACAUGCAUUCGGGAAGGGAUAAACAAAAUAUCUAUGGCGGGAAUUGAUGCCCGUGUGUUUUGUUUUGGUGUCAGAGUAGUGAAGAAGCGGACUGUGCAACAGAUACUCAAUUGUAUUCCCAAGGAGUCCGAUGGUGAGAGAUUUGAAGAUGCACUUGCUAGAGCUUGUCGUGUUGGUGGUGGUGAUGUUGCAGAAAAUGCUGACAGUGACAGUGAUCUUCAAAUAGUUGAUGACUUCAUUUCUGUGAAUCUUCGGUGCCCUAUGAGUGGUUCGAGGAUCAAGGUUGCUGGGCGAUUUCAGCCCUGUACUCACAAGGGCUGUUUUGAUCUUGAAGUUUUUGUGGAAAUAAACCGAAGGUCUAGAAAGUGGCAAUGUCCCAUUUGUCUGAAGAAUUACUCCCUAGAGCAUAUAAUUAUUGAUCCCUAUCUCAAUCGAAUCACUUCUAAGCUGAAGAAUUGUGCAGAGAAUGUGAUGGAAAUAGAAGUGAAGCAUGAUGGUUCUUGGAGGGUCAAGGCAGGAGGUGAUUUAGGCAGUCUAGGUGAUCUUGUACAGUGGCACUUACCUAAUGGAAAUCUCUGCACAUCUUCAGAUGCAGAAUCUGAUAAGCCAAACCCAGAAAUUCUCAAGUGUCAGGAUGGUUGUUCUAAUGGCCAUGGAAACCUCAGAGUUGGGCUGAAGAAAAACCCCAAUGGCGUUUGGCAAAUUAGUAAGCCUGAGGAAAUCAUUGCCAUGAGCAGCAGUAGUGACACUGUAAUUGGCAAAGAAGGAUGUGAUGAUGUCAGUGUAAAUCAGGAUUACAGUGGGGUUGAGAAUGAACCUGUACAACUGGGAAAUGGUGAACUUAUCGUCUUGAGCGAUUCAGAUGAGGAAAAUGAACUGUUAAUGAUUCCUGGAAAUGAAGUCCCUACUUAUUCUUUUCAAAAGAAUGGGAUUCCAGAUUCUUAUGGUAAUGAAGACCGCCCUACUUUUCCUGAUUCACAGAUUGGUAUAUUGAAUACUACUACUACAACUACUAUUGACAGUAACAAUGAAUUUGGUAUAGAAACAUGGCCUUCGCCCCACAAUAUCCAGAGGCUAGUUCCGGGCUUUCAGAUAUUUAAUUCAAAUGCAGAUGUCCAGCAUAACCCCAUUAGUGGCUGUGGGUUUCCCACAGAUAUGGGAUCAGUUGGUGCUGUAACUGAAUCCUCUGUUGUUUAUGCUAAUGCCAAUAUAAACAGUAGCUUGGUUGUUAAUAAUCCCUUUUCAUUCGGUGAUGUUGAUCCCUCUCUUCAGAUGUUUAUUCCGAAUAUACCAUCAGAUACAUCAUCCAUGGCAGACCCUAAUAUGAGAGAUCAACCACUUGAUGCCACAACAUGUGCUCCAAGUGAGGAUUGGUUCUCGCUUUCCCUUGGGAGUGGAGGAGAUAUUGGGGCUACAUCUGAUUCCACAGGUGCUAACGGGUUAAAUUCAGUUUCAGUGAAUGAUAAUAAAUCCAAUAAGACGCGCAGAGAAGGACCGGGCAGCCCUUUCGCAUUUCCUCGCAAACGCCGUUCUGCAAGACCCAGACCAUACCCAAAUAUUGAUUAUUUUGAUUCUACGUAGGAAAUCUAUGGAUAACAUUGGGCAGUUUUUGAAAAUAUGAAUAUAAUUUUAUAGAUGCGUACUUAAAUUAUCUGCAGAUCAGUAAUUUCACUACAGGCUGGCCAUAUGUAAAUUGACGAGGCCAAGCAAUGUAAGAUAUUGAUGGUCGAUUUCCUUGAUGAAGCAGAGAGAACUCAACUUGUAUGCUCGUCGUCACUUUUGGAAUUCCUUUCUGGUGCCGAUUGGGUUACUUGGAUGGUGAGUUAUACAUUUGCACUUCUUAUUAGCAUACUAUAAAGCGGGAGCUUGCUGGUUGUUGAAGGGGAUGGGUUUGACGCUGUGUCACUGGUCCAACAUUUUUUGUACAAAGAUUUUAGAAACUACUAAUCUAGCUAUCCAAGUCAAUUCAUCAUUAGCUUCCUUCUCUUUCAAGUGUGGACACAUAAUUUAAGUCAAUUCAACAAGGUGAAUUGGUUGAAUUUGUUAAAAUCAAUGCAAAUAUGUUUGAAUUUUGAAAAAUUAUAUUUAACUAUCUAAGUCAAAUAAAAAAGGUGCAUUGGUUGAA